UUUCGAUGCCGGUCGCCCAUUACAUAUGAAGCUCACUCCCGGCUCUCUCUCUCCACCACCACCACCCAACUGUAUGUAAUCCACCGAUUCUCUCUCUCUCCCUCACUUCUUUAUACUCUCUCUCUCUAUAUGUCUACAUAGUAUGUCCGUAGAAAUCGCCGAUUAGAUAAUUCCGGUGAGAUCUAAAUCUCUCCGGCGAACUUCUCCGAUGACUGCUUCCAACUCCGAUUCUUUGGUGAGAAGAAUCUAGAAAUGUUGGAUUCAUUCUGUGUAACUCACGUUGUAUCCAAUAUCUGGCUUCGCAAGAGGAAAAAAAAACCCACCUCUGAUAGGAUAUCCUCCUUGACCUAGUUCUGUAAAUUGUAUUGGAAUAUUUAAAAUUCAUUCUUGUAAUCUUCUUAGAUGUAUAUGUAUAUAUAUGAUGAUCUCUCGAUUGUACAGUUUUGGAAUUAGGGUUCUUAAGUUUUCGUUUUUGUACAGUUAGGGAGGGAGGGGAAUAAUAAUAAUAUUAUUAUUAUUAUUAUUAUGUUUUAGUUGUGAAAGUGGCGAAGAUGAGUUUGAGUAGUAGGGCGGAGGAAGAAUCGGCAGAGGAAAUCCAUAUACCUGCUGAUAUUGAUUGGAAAAUGCUGGACAAAUCCAAGUUUUUCUUCCUGGGUGCUGCCUUGUUUUCUGGUGUUUCAGCCAUUCUUUACCCUGUUGUGGUGUUGAAAACUCGACAACAAGUCUGUCAAUCUCAGGUUUCUUGCAUCAAGACCGCCUUCUCGAUUGUUGGUCACGAGGGUUUUCGCGGACUGUAUCGAGGGUUUGGGACUUCCUUGAUGGGAACAAUUCCAGCUCGGGCAUUGUACAUGACAGCGCUCGAGGUGACUAAGAGCAAUGUUGGGACUGCAACGAUUAGAUUUGGAGUUUCGGAGCCAACUGCAGCUGCCAUUGCCAAUGCUGCUGCAGGGUUAAGCGCUGCGAUGGCUGCACAGCUAGUUUGGACCCCAAUUGAUGUGGUUAGCCAAAGACUAAUGGUACAGGGCGGUACUACUAGUACUCAUCAUCAUAAUAAUAAUAAUAACCCAAAAACAACCUCCUCGUCGUGUAAAUAUCUUGGUGGAAUCGAUGCGUUUAGAAAGAUUCUGAAUACGGAUGGACCGAGGGGUCUGUAUAGAGGAUUUGGGAUUUCAAUACUGACUUAUGCUCCUUCAAAUGCAGUUUGGUGGGCAUCCUACUCUGUUGCGCAGAGGCUUGUUUGGGGUGGAAUUGGAUGUUAUCUUUGCAAGAAAGACUCGUGCAGGAAUGAGAAUGGUGGGAACAGUUUUAGACCAGAUUCGAAGACUGUAAUGGCAGUUCAGGGGGUGAGUGCAGCCAUGGCAGGUGGGGUUUCGGCUUUGAUUACGAUGCCAUUUGAUACAAUCAAGACAAGGUUACAGGUUUUGGAUGGAGAUGAGAAUAAUAAUGGGCGUAAAGGGGUACCAACAAUUCGACAAACUGUUCGGAAUUUGGUAAGAGAAGGUGGAUGGAUGGCUUGUUACAGAGGACUUGGACCUCGCUGGGCUUCCAUGUCAAUGUCAGCAACCACCAUGAUCACUACCUACGAGUUUCUCAAACGCCUUUCGGCCAAGACUCAAGAAGGUUUAACAUCAUGAACAACAACCACACACAAGAAAAAUUACAGAGUAAACAAGGUUUCUCUCUUUAACCUCUGUUUCAUUUUUCUUCUUUUAAUUUUCUGUCAACUUUCUUUUUUAGCUUUUCCUUUUCCUUUUCCUUUUCCUAUUCCUUUCCUUCCUUUUUGGUGUUUUUCCUCUUUCCUUCUGGUAGCCUGCUUGAUCAAGUGGAUAAUCAUAGAAACAUAUAUGUCUUUCUUUGAGUAAAACCCUUUUAACAUAAUCUUCAUUUUGAAGUGUGUUA